ACUCUCAACUGACAGUCUACAGCAACAAACAACAAACACGGCUUUGAAAACACAAACAUUAUCGAAAAAGUCGAAAAAGUAGACUGAUUCUUGGCAGAUUCUUGACUAUCGGUCCGAUCGAUCAUUGAUCGGGACAUUGGCUCAUUGCCUGGAUUUAUCCGUCACCACCCUUUAUCAAUGUCUCCGCCAGCUCAUUCGUCUGAGAUGGACCCCGCCUCCAAAGUGGGCGAAAUCUUCGCUUCCGCCGGAGCCGCCUUCAACACCUUGGGCCAAUUAACCACCCAACUUAACCACACCUCCUCACGCCCCUCGGCCAGUAAUGGCGGGGGCGUAUCGGCCAAGUGGACGCAAGAGGAGAUGGAUUUGCUGCACGAGGCCGUGGCCAAGUUUGCUCAUGACCUUCAUCAGAUCUCGGAGCGUAUCAAAGGCCGCACGGUUCAGCAAAUCAAGACCACCUUAAAGCGGAAGGCCUUCGAUGAGGCGGGGUUGAGCCUCGAAGACGCCUCAUCGGAGGGAGCGGCGGGCUCGACCCCGCCCACGCCGGUUUUGAAUAAGGCCGAUGUGACGCUAAACGCUUUAAACGCCCCCGAAAGCGAGGUUGAUGUGGAGGGUAUGGGUGAUAAGCUGGAUUUUGGAUCACGAUGAUCAUUGGGUCCAGGAUCACGAGUGUACCUUCGAAUUAUUAUAGAUGUUAAGAUCUCUAGUAUUGUAAAUACAGUUGCCUACGAAU